CACGACCCAUAUGAGGUUGAUAUUAAACGACACGUAGAUUUAACUGGGACUAGUGGGAGGAUACUUUAAAUUGUAAUACACAUUCGAAAUGGCCGAAGCACCUGAUUGGCACCAGGAUGUGCCGCCCGUAACUCUGGCCGUUCUCGGGCGAGUCUCCGUCGGAAAAACGACUCUUGUACGGUUGUUGUCGGGGGGAGAGUUCGACCCAGCUAUAGCACCUACAAGAGAGUUGACGGUCGAGCAAUAUUCCCGAAAUUCCAAAAUCGUUAUAUGUGAUUUACCCGGCUAUGGGUCAGUGUCCCAACCUGUGGAAAUGUUUAUUGAACAGGAUUUUACAAUUUAUGAUGGAUUCAUUUUUGUUUGCCGAGAUAAACUUGACGAUGACGAUCAUCAAGUUCUGAAGAAUUUGCCAAGAUCAAAAAGACUGAAUGUUGUUAGAUGUGUAUCUGACAGUGACAGUGACAAGGAUCUGGACUCAUUGUUGGGAGCCACGUUUGAAGACUUCGCUUUAUAUCGCAAGGACCAGAUUUUUCUUGUUGACAGCCGACAUCAGGACCUCUAUGGAUUUCCACAAUUAGUCUCCCAUCUUGACAAUGGAGCAAACUUCAAACGGGCGUCACCGAGGCAAAAAGGUGUCCCUAACCAGUAUAGACAGCGAGCGACGUUAACGGAACAGGCCAUGCCGCUGACACGCAGCAAUUCAGAUAGUUUUAGGGUUGUUGGCACAAAAAAUGGAGAAGAGCCCCCUGCCAAUCAAUCUGCAUUGACGCUUUGCGAGGGGUCCAACAAUGAUGUCACAGCAGACGAUGAUGACUUUACAGAUAUCAAGUCAUCUUUCGAGAGUGGUGGAGCUAAAUAUGCAGUUGAGCAAUCACAAUUGCGACUGGGGCGCUGGAAAAGUGCCAUGGUCAACAUAGGCAUCACAGGGAACAGUGGGGUUGGAAAAUCCAGCUUUAUAAAUGCAGUCCGCGGUCUGGUAUCACCGGAUGAACAGGGCUGGGCAAAAGUGAAUGUAGUUGAAGAAACAAAGAUCCCCACGCCAUAUGAGUAUCCCAUGAGCCCAAAUGUUAAGUUGUGGGAUAUGCCUGGCAUAGGCACCAAGAAUUUUACCCGAGAGAACUAUCUGGAGAAAGUUAAUUUUGACAAAUAUGAUAUUUUCAUCAUUGUAUGCGCUGUUCGAUUUACGGGGAAUGAUCUGUGGUUGGCACGAGAUAUUUGUUCAAGAGGAAAAAAGUUCAUUUUUGUACGCGCAAAGGUUGGUCAAGAUAUUGAAAAUGAAAGAAAGGUCUAUACCCAAAUUUCAAGACUUAACUUUCGGGAAGAUAUCGUUUUGAAGAAAAUACGCGCUGACUGCCAAAAAAAUCUGGCUGAGUUUGGUAAAUGUCGGGUAUUUUUGAUUGACAAUUUUGAGCCACAUAGUUUCGAUUUUGGUGAAUUGGCAAUGGAAAUAAUAAACAUUACUCCCAGUGAAAAGCAAGAAGCGGUGACUAUGUCCAUGCCAACAAUGACAGAAGGUGUUAUUCAACAAAAAGUUCGGGAACUUCAGAAGCGGAUCUGGCUGACCGCUAUUCCAGCUGCCCUUGCUGACGCAGUAUCCAUUCCUAAUAUUUCCGCAUCCUUGAAUGAAAAAUGUUUACUGAAAGAAGCAGAGUUUUAUCGGGAACAGUUUGGACUAACUGAUGAAGCACUUGCCAAAAACGCAGUGAAGAUCGGCGUCACAAAAGAAAAUUUUGUGCAAAUGGCAAAGUUGCGCACAACAGCGUUUAAAUACACUGGGAACAUUGUGCCUCUGUUAAAAACCUUGGGCAUUUUCAAGAAAGUGUCGAUGAGUAAGGCAUCAAUAGUCCUCUGGCUAACCACAACUUUAGUUAAUUGCGGAGUGUCAUACACUCUUGCAGUAAGCUUCCUUAGGAAAGUUCUAGAAAUGACUGCUGAAGAUGCAAGAAGAGUGAACAACGAAAUGACAAAACCCAGGCGCUAAAAUGACUUCAAAGACCAUGACACUCCCACAUUUGCCUGAAAUUAUAUGCUUUUGUGAGAUUGGAGGGGGAAAAGGUUUAUUUGUUGAGUACACUAACACACUAAAGUUAAACCAUUUGCAGAUGUGAGUAGGGACAUUGACAAACACUAAAGUUUGUACAGAAAUGUAUGUAAGCUCAAAUAUAUUUACAAGCAUUGAGCAGUGUAUUUUUCUUUGUAAUAAUGAUACAGUGACUACUUAUAAUCAGGAUUGGCUGAACUAUUUAGAAGUUACUCAUGUUUGUGUAUUGGAAUCUGACAGUCCUGGUGCAAUGCUAACUUGCUUAAGGUGAAGACUUACAUUGAGUUUGUUAUUUUGUCGAAUUGUUGUUUUGUAACACUAUUUGUAAAUUUUGUGUUCAAAGCUUUAAGGGUAUAUUUUCAAUGAAAUCUGAAGAUUUCUCUACCUUGAUCUAUAUAGUAAAAUCCUUGAUACUUGUUUAAACCUUAAAACUUGUUUUUAAGCUCGCCUGAGCACAAAAUGCUCAGGGUGAGCUAUUGUGAUAGGGUGAUCGUCCGUCUUAGUCCUUCGUCCAUCCAUCCGUCUGUCGUCAACAUUUUCCUUCAAACAACUUCCCCUCCUAAACCAAUGGGACGAUUUCAACAAAACUUUACAGGAAUGCUCCUUGGGCAGUUCUCUUCCAGACCCCUUCAAUAAAAGAGGUUCUGUGCAAAUCUCUGGUUGUUUAAGGCAAUCGAAGGGAAAAAUCUUAUUCUCAGAAAUUGCUGGCCCUAUUGCAUAUAAUUUCACAAAGAAAUGUUCCUAAUGUGACAUUGUAUCAAAAUCCUUCACCCCAUGUUGAAUUGUAAAAAAACAUGUAAUCCAAGGGAAGGGCUACUUUUCACUUUAAUUUAUACAUGUUUGUCUAUAUGGAAAACUUUGAAAAUAUUCUCCUCAGAAUCGGCUGUCCUGAUUUUAAUAUAAGUUCACAGAAAUGAUCUUUGGAUGACCCCCUAUCAAAAUUCUUCACCCAUAUGGAUUCAUAAGAAAACAUGGCUGCCAAGGGCUGGGGCUUUUUUCAGUUUAUGUCUGUAUGGUAAACUUUGAAAAUAUUUACCUCAAAAAUGAUCCUUAGGACUCUCUAUCAAAAGUCUUUAUCCCAUGUUGACUCAUAAAAAAACCCAUGGCUGCCAGGGAGUGGGGCUACUUUUCACUAUAGUCUACAGCAGGGCCAGGGUUCGAAUUUAACUUUGAGGAGCACUCGCAAAAUUUUGCGAGUGCUUUUUGAGGCAACUCGCAAAAUGAAAAAUCAACUUGCAAUUUUAUCAUUUGCUUUAUUCCCUUAUAAUAUUGUCUAAUUAAAGUAGAUGUAUAUUUACACCUAAGACAUAUUAUGAAUAUUAAAAAUAUCAAUCUUGAGUGACUCGACUACUAGAACUUGUUGAUGGCUUAUUCUUUUUUGGGGGUACAAAUGACUCAUCGGAUGCUGGCCGCUUUUUUUGAUAACAAAUUGUUCACUUUGAAGGGUGGGUGGGUAUAGUUACCCUCGCCAUCGGGUAAUACUCAUACGGCAAGCACGCUGCAGAUUUCAUUAAGUCUAUAGAUAAGUAUUAAAAACAAUAACAGUAUAAAUUUAAAAUGAAUAAAAGCAACAGUAAAUGUAGCGUGGAUGCUUUGGACUAUAAAAUUUAUCGAUGUCUAUUCACUUUGACAGUUGGGCGGAUAUUCAAAGGUUGAUGGGUUUUACUUAUAGUGCGCGAAAAAAAAAACCAAUGGCUGUCAUGGCGCAGGGUUAUAUGUACUUUCUACAUAUAUAUAUAUAUAUAUAUAUAUAUAUAUAUAUAUAUAUAUAUAUGUCAGUAUGGAACAUUUGAAAUUUUCUCCUCAGAAUCUGCUAGCCUGAUUUUAAAAUAAAUUUACAGAAAUGUUCCUAAGGUGACUCUUUCAAAUUCCUUCACCCCAUGUUGAUUCAUGAAAAAACAUGGCUGCCAGGGAUGAAAUACUUUUAACUACCAUAUACCAAAUUCUUUCACCCCAUUAUUAUUCAUAAAAAACAUGGCCCCCAGGGGCGGGGCUAGCCUUCCAAAGUUUACAUGUCUAUAUGGAAAUCUUUGAAAAUCUUCUCUAAAGAAACCAUUGGUCAGAUUCAAAAUAUUUUUACAGAAAUGUUCCAUAGAUGCCCUUUUUAUCAAAAAAAUAUUUUUUUGUUUUAUUUUUAGCUCACCUGAGCAUGAAGUGCUCAAGGUGAGCUAUUGUGAUCACCCUGUGUCCGUCGUCCGUCGUCAACAAUUUGACCGUUAACACUCUAGAGGUCACAAUUUGGGCACUAUCUUAAUGAAACUUGGCCAGAAUGUUACCCUCAAUAAAAUCUUUGAUGAGUUUGAUAUUGGGUCAUCUGAGGUUAAAAACUAGGUCACCAGGUCAAAUUGAAGGAAAAUCUUGUUAACACUCUAGAGGUCUCAUUUAUGACUGUAUCUUCAUGUAAGUUGGUCAGAAUGUUUAUAUUAAUAAUCUUUAAGUCAAGUAUAAAUCUGGGUCAUGUGCAGUCAAAAACUAGGUCACCAGGUCAAAUCAUAGGAAAAGCUUGUUAGCACUCUAGAGGUGACAUUUAUGACUGUAUGUUCAUGAAACUUAGUCAGAAUGUUUAUAUUAAUAAGCUCUAGGCCAAGUUAGAAUCUGGGUCAUGUGCGGUCCAAAACUAGGUCACCAGGUCAAAUUAAAGGAAAAGCUUGUAAACACUCUAGAGGUCACAUUUAUAAAGGUUUCUUCAUGAAAGUUGGUCAGAAUGUUAAAAUUAAUUAUCUCUAAGUUAAGUUUAAAACUAAGUCAUAAGGUCAUAUCAUAGGAAAAGCUUGUAAGCACUCUAGAGGUCACAUUUAUGACUGUAUCAUGGGGAAUCUUGGUCAGAAUGUUUAUAUUAGAAUGCAGAAUGCAGUCAAAAACUAGGUCACCAGGUCAAAUUUAAGGAAAAGCUUGUUAACACUCUAGAGGUUACAUUUAUAAAUGUUUCUUUAUGAAAGUGGUCAGAAUGUUUAUAUUAAUAAUCUCUAAGUCAAGUUUAAAUCUGGGUCAUGUGCGGUCAAAAUCUAGGUCAUAAGGUCAAAAAAAAGAAAAAAAAGCUUGUUUGCACUCUAGAGGUAACAUUUAUGACUGUGUGUCCAUGAAACUUAGUCAGAAUGUUUUUAUUGAUUAGCUCUAGGCCAAGUUUGAAUCUGGGUCAUGUACGGUCAAAAACUAGGCCACCAGGUCAAAUAAUAGGAAAAGUAUUUUAACACUCUAGAGGCCACAUUUAUGACUAUAUGUUCAUGUAACUUGAUCAGAAUGUUAUUGUUGAUGAUCUUUAUUGGAUCAGGUGAGCGAUUCAGGGCCUUCAGGGCCCUCUUGUUUAUUAAUUAUUUCUAUAAUUAUAUUAUUGUUUUACAAUCAUUGAAGAUAUCAACUCCAAACUUCAUGAACUUAUUCACAGUAACAAUAUGGUUUUUUGUGACAAGUUAUAUAGCUCCAACUAAAUAUUGAGUUGUGGCCCUUUGUAACUUUUUAAACAAAUACAUAUGUUUUAUGGUUUUAUACGCCCGUUUAUAUAGUUCAAUUACAGGGGCAGGCAUUGGUGCAGGCUGAGUGCAGUAUUUUGUCAAAUCAAUAACUUUAGAACCCUUUGCCCAAUCAUGACAAAAUUUGGUCAGAAUGUGUUUGAGCAUAAUACCUUGGGCAGGUUCGAUAACAAGCCAUAUUGCUUUAGUCACUAGAGAGUUAUCACUCUUGAAUUAUAAAAAAUGAUCUUAAACAGGUUCUUGUAUGAUCAAUAACUUAAGAAGCAUCUCCAAAUUUAGUCAGAAUGUGUAUGGGCAUAAUAUCUUUGACAAGUUUGAUAACUAGUCAAAUUGCUGGAGUCACCCAAGAGUUAUUGUCCUUUAAUCACAAAAAUUAUCUAAAAUUGAUCUUGUAUGAUCAAUUACUUUAAAAGCCUUUUUCCAAUCAUCACCAAAUUUGAUCAGAAUGGAUAUGAACAUAAUACCUUGAACAAGAUAGAUAACCAGCCAUAUCACUGUAUUCACUCAAGUUUUAUAGCCCUUUAAUUACAGAAAUUACCUAGGUCUGGUCCGAUCAUUCAAUUUUGAAGCCUUUUUCAAAACAACACCAAAUUUGGUCAGAAUGGAUAUGGGCAUAAUAUCUUGAACAAAUAGAUAACCAGCCAUAUCACUCUAGUCACUCAAGUUUUAUCGCCCUUUAAUUAUAGAAAUUACCUAAAAUUGGUCUUGUUCGAUCAAUAACUUUAAAAGCCUUUUUCCACAAUUUCUCAGACAAGUUCAAUAAAGCAUUUUGGCUUGAGUCAUUUGAGAGGAAUUGCCCUCUAAUAAUAGAAAAUGUCUGAUCAUCACCAAAUUUGGUCAGAAUGAGCAAGGUACAUUAAAAUACAUAUAUUAUAUACCGGACAAGUUCAUUAACUAGCUGUAUUACUUCAGUCACUCGAGAAUUAUUGCCCUUGAAUUGUAGAAAUUACCUUGAAUAGGUCUUAUAUGAUAAUUAACUUUACAAGCAUUUGUCCAAUCAUUACCAAAUUUGGUCAGAAUGCUUAUUGGCAUAAUACCUCGGAUGAGUUUAAUAACUACCCAAAUUGCUUUAGUCAACCAAGUUAUUGGCCUAUAAUUAUAGGAAUGUCUAGAGCAGCAUACAUUCUUUACUAAGUUGAGCGAUAUAGGGCCAUCUUGGCCCUCUUGUUUUAAACUGUUGUGAAAUAUUUUGAAACAGAUGUAUAUUUACUAAAUGUAUAAUUUGAUUUUAUACCAUAUCAUUUACUUUAAAUACUUGCUUCUCUUUACCAUCAUCAUUAGAAAUUGAAAAUCCUGGAAAUUUGUCAUUGACUUUUUAUAUAAUACAGAGCAAUUUUUAUAUAUUUAUUUAAGAUUUUAAUAUACAAAUAUUAAUGUGAUGGAUAAUAUUUCUUUUUAUGUGUAGAUAAUUUCCAUAAUGGUCACAAGCUAGGUUACUCUUCUGAACCUUUACUGUACCUCUGUCUGUGGAAACACUGCAGUUUUGGGAUAACAUUUAGAUAAUAUUUGUUUUAUAAAUGUAAUCAAACUUUACACUUUUAUCAAUGAUACAUAGAUAUAUGCAACAGGGUUCUCCACCAACCAUAACUAUUUGAUACAAAGGUACAUGCUAGGUGGUUCUUCACCAACCAUACCUAUAAGAUACAUAGGUACAUGUACAUGCUAGAGGGUUCUCCAUCAACCAUACCUAUAUGAUACAAUAAUACAUGCUAGGGGGUUCUCCAUCAACCAUACCUAUAUGAUACAAUACUACAUGCUAGGGGGUUCUCCAUCAACCAUAACUAUUUGAUACAAAGGUACAUGCUAGGUGUUCUUCACCAACCGUACCUAUAAGAUACAUAGGUACAUGUACAUGCUAGAGGGUUCUCCAUCAACCAUACCUAUAUGAUACAAUAAUACAUGCUAGGGGGUUCUCCAUCAACCAUACCUAUUUGAUGCAUAGGUACAUGCUAGGGGGUUCUCCAACAACCAUACCUAUAUGAUACAUAGGUACAUGCUAGAGGGUUCUCCAUCAACCAUACCUAUAUGAUACAAUGAUACAUGCUAGAGGGUUCUCCAUCAACCAUACCUAUAUGAUACAAUGAUACAUGCUAGAGGGUUCUCCAUCAACCAUACCUAUAUGAUACAAUGAUACAUGCUAGAGGGUUCUCCAUCAACCAUACCUACAUCAAACAUAGGUACAUGCUAGGUUUUUUUCCACCAAUCAUACCUAUAUGAUACAAUGAUACAUGCCAGAGGGUUCUCCAUCAACCAUACCUAUGUGAUACAAUGAUACAUGCUAGAGGGUUCUCCAUCAACCAUACCUAUAUGAUACAAUGAUACAUGCUAGAGGGUUCUCCAUCAACCAUACCUAUAUGAUACAAUGAUACAUGCUAGGGGGUUCUCCAACAACCAUACCUAUAUGAUACAUAGGUACAUGCUAGAGGGUUCUCCAUCAACCAUACCUACAUCAAACAUAGGUACAUGCUAGGGGGUUCUCCAUCAACCAUACCUACAUGAAACAUAGGUACAGUUAGAGGGUUCUCCAUCAACCACACCUAUAUGAUACAAUGAUACAUGCUAGAGGGUUCUCCAUCAACCAUACCUAUAUGAUACAAUGAUACAUGCUCGAGAGUUGUCCAUCAACCAUACCUAUAUGAUACAAUGAUACAUGCUAGGGGGUUCUCUAUCAACCAUACCUAUUUGAUACAUGCUAGGGGGUUCUCCAUCAACCAUACAUAUAUCAUACAUUGAUACAUGCUAGGGGGUCUCCACCAACCAAACCUAUAUGAUACAAUGAUACAUGCUAGUGUUUUUUUCCACCAACCAUACCUAUUUGAUACAUAGCUACAUGCUAGGGGGUUCUCAACCAACCAUUCCUAUAAGAUUCAUUGAUACAUGCUAAGGUUUUUUUCACCAACCAUACCUAUUUGAUAUAUAGGUACAUGCCAGGGGGUUCUCCACAGACCAUACCUAUAUGAUACAAUGAUACAUGCUAGGGUUUUUCCACCAAUCAUUCCUAUAUGAUACAUUGAUACAUGCUAGGGGGUUCUCCCUCAACCAUACCUAUAUGAUACAUUGAUACAUGCUAGGGGGUUCUCCAUCAACCAUACAUAAAUGAUACAUAGGUACAUGCUAGGGGGUUCUCCAUCAACCAUACCUAUAUGAUACAUAGGUACAUGCUAGGGGGUUCUCCACCAACCAUACCUAUAUGAUACAUAGGUACAUGCUAGGGUUUUUUUCACCAAUCAUACCUAUAUGAUACAAUGAUACACGCUAGGGGUUCUCCAUCAACCAUACCUAUAUUACGAUACAAUGAUACAUGCUAGGGGGUUCUCCAUCAACCAUACCUAUUUGAUACUUAGGUACAUGCUAGGGGGUUCUCCACCAACCAUACCUAUAUGAUACAAUCAUACAUGCUAGGGUUUUUUCCACCAACCUACCUAUUCGAUACAUAGGUACAUGCUAGGGGGUUCUCCACCAACCAUACCUAUAUGAUACAAUGAUACAUGCUAGAGGGUUCUCCAUCAACCAUACCUAUAUGAUACAAUGAUACAUGCUAGAGGGUUCUCCAUCAACCGUACCUAUUUGAUACAUAGGUACAUGCUAGGGGGUUCUCCACCAACCAUACCUAUAUGAUACAAUGAUACAUGCUAGGGGGUUCUCCACCAACCAUACCUAUAUGAUACAAUGAUACAUGCUAGAGGGUUCUCCAUCAACCAUACCUAUAUGAUACAAUGAUACAUGCUAGAGGGUUCUCCAUCAACCAUACCUAUAUGAUACAAUGAUACAUGCUAGAGGGUUCUCCAUCAACCAUACCUAUAUGAUACAAUGAUACAUGCUAGAGGGUUCUCCACCAACCAUACCUAUAUGAUACAAUGAUACAUGCUAGAGGGUUCUCCAUCAACCAUACCUAUAUGAUACAAUGAUACAUGCUAGAGGGUUCUCCACCAACCGUAGCUAUUUGAUACAUAGGUACAUGCUAGGGGUUUUUCCACCAACCUUACCUAUAUGAUACAAUGAUACAUGCUAGAGGGUUCUCCAUCAACCAUACCUAUAUGAUACAAUGAUACAUGCUAGAGGGUUCUCCAUCAACCAUACCUAUAUGAUACAAUGAUACAUUCUAGGGGGUUCUCCAUCAACCGUACCUAUUUGAUACAUAGGUACAUGCUAGGGGGUUCUCCAUCAACCAUACCUAUUUGAUACAUAGGUACAUGCUAGGGGGUUCUCCCCAACCAUACCUAUAUGAUACAAUGAUACAUUCUAGGGGGUUCUCCAUCAACCGUACCUAUUUGAUACAUAGGUACAUGCUAGGGGGUUCUCCACCAACCUUACCUAUAUGAUACAAUGAUACAUGCUAGGGGGUUCUCCAUCAAGCAUACAAAAAUGAUACAUAGGUACAUGAAAAGGUCGUUUCGAUGAUUUCUAGCUGAAGUUCGAAUAUUGGUCAUCUGGGGUCAAAAACUAGGUCACAGAGCCUAAAUAUGGAAAAACCUAGGUCACUGAGCCCAAAUAUGGAAUAUAAGUAUCUAUCUUGUGUUUCCGGUACGGAUCAAAAAUCCGACCCGAGGGCACGCUCGUAAGCCGGUAACAAGGCGUGCCGAGUUACCAGUCACGCAGUGUGUCGGAGGGUUGGAUUUUUCAAUCCAGACAGGAAAAACAUGAUUUAUAUUUUUUUUUCAUACCUGAAUUUAUGAAUUUGUGGAAAAAAUUGACGUAGAAAACGCACAUUUCACCAAAAAGCGCGUGUGACGUGUACUGUGGUCAUAAAGCGCAGUAAUUUUAAAUCACUAUUGACGUCAAAUCGUUCCUCUAAAAAUCGCGCUUUUACGAUUAUUUAUUAUCAAUUUUAAUUAAAAGUAUUGCAUACUUAUAUUUUUGAUUACGCUUUAUUGAAAUUGCAUAAUAUACUUUUCAUAAACCAUACAAUACAAGAAAUAAGAAGUGGCGCGGUGUUGCGCGUGACUCAUCUUACAUGGGGGUCACAUGACCGGAAACACACACAUCAGGUAUGCAAGAAAAACCUUGUUAACACUCUAGAGGUAACACUUUCAGUCCAAAUAUCCUGGAAAUUUGUCAGAAAUGUUGUUUCGUUGAUUUCUAUCUCAAGUUAGAAUAUGGGUCAUCUGGGGUUAAAAAAAAUAGGUCACAGAGCCCAAACAUGGAAAAACCUUGUUAACACUCUAAAGGUAAAAUUUUCAGUCCAAAGUAGUUGUUUUUAUUUCUCUUUUUUCAAACAUUUAAUUAGUUGCUUUAUUGCUUUUUGUUGUUUACAUUUUCAACUGUUCAUUUUCUUAAAAAUGUUCACUAUGAUACAUGUAUUGCUUUAUUCAUUUAUCCCUUUAAAUAAUUUAAAGUCUACUGACAGAUGUCAUAAACUACUAAUAAGUCGCUGCCAGGCUACUGACAAGUCUUAGAAGGAUCUGCUUAUAGUAGACUUCUAUAAAAGUUUUCUUCAAAUCCUGACCCUUGUGUCAAAUUUAUCCCUGCCCAACUGUUUAGACCGUUUUACAGGUGAGCGAUCUAGGGCAAUCAUGGCCCUCUUGUUUAAAUAAAGCACCUACCAAUGAAGAUGGAAAAUUAAAACAUGUUAACAAAGAAAUGCUAAGAAAAACAAUUGAACAAACAAAAACUUCACCGAAGAUUUUUAUAUAAAUUGUAGUGUGCAAGCCGAUGGCGAGGGUAUAUAAGCUUCUGUAAGAUUGUAACCAAAAAGCCCAUCCAAAUUAAUGCUGUUGUUGUUACUAUACUUGUGUUAUGUGUUAUAUUAUUUGAAGAUAGAAAUCUAUUUAAGGCCUUAAAUCAUUCAAUUUUGUGUUCGUUGUGUUUUCAUAUUUCCCUGGCGAUUUCUUAGGUCGUUAUUGGUGUAGCUCCAAUAGGCACAGUGUAGCUGGCCCUACACUUCCUUUUCAAAAAUCAACAAAUAUAACGUCCAAGUCUGAAAUAAAAACUGGUGGUCAGUGAGGGUGUGAAGGCUAUUUUAACAGUUAAUAACAGUCUAGGGUAACUGAUCAUAUUCUUCUCACAUAAGUGAAGUGCCCUAUUAAGGAAGAUGAUCAAACAUAUUUAGUUGCAUUAUAAAGAUACUAUUGAGGACUGGAAAGACUCCAGAUAUAGAUCAAUACACAUAAUUUACAUCUAGAAUAAAAUAGAUCAAUACACAUAAUUUACAUCUAGAAUAAAAGCAAAUCAUUGGGGAGCAUGCCCCCCGGACCCCCAAACCAAUUUGGCCUUUACAAUCAAAUAGUUCAAGCUACAUCCCUGGUGUUUAUCAAUUGCUUGACUGUAGUUUAGUUUAAACAUACCUUAUUCAACAUAUAAGUCAAACAUUGCAACACUGUAUGUCAUACUAUCAUAUACAUGAUAUAUAAAAACAGUUUAAAACAAAAGUGGAGCUUAUAAUGUUUUGCUUUGCUUACAUGCACUUACAAGAUUGCACACUUUUUAAAAGAACAUUAUACGAAUGUAUGAAUAAGUAUUAAAAAAACUUUGAUUAAUUCAUUGAGACAUCGACCCUCCUGUAGGCUAAGUCAAUGAUUGUUAACACUCUAGUGGUCACAUUUUUGCCUCAAUUGUCACAAAUUUUGGUCAGGAUGUUUGACGUAGUAAUUACUCGGAUGAGUUCGAAUAUGGAUCAUCUGGGGUCAAAAACUAGGUCACAGAGCCCAAAUAUGUAAAAACCUUGUUAACACUCUAAAGGUAAAAUUUUCAGUCCAAAGUAGUUGUUUUUAUUUCUCUUUUUUCAAACAUUUAAUUAGUUGCUUUAUUGCUUUUUGUUGUUUACAUUUUCAACUGUUCAUUUUCUUAAAAAUGUUCACUAUGAUACAUGUAUUGCUUUAUUCAUUUAUCCCUUUAAAUAAUUUAAAGUCUACUGACAGAUGUCAUAAACUACUAAUAAGUCGCUGCCAGGCUACUGACAAGUCUUAGAAGGAUCUGCUUAUAGUAGACUUCUAUAAAAGUUUUCUUCAAAUCCUGACCCUUGUGUCAAAUUUAUCCCUGCCCAACUGUUUAGACCGUUUUACAGGUGAGCGAUCUAGGGCAAUCAUGGCCCUCUUGUUUAAAUAAAGCACCUACCAAUGAAGAUGGAAAAUUAAAACAUGUUAACAAAGAAAUGCUAAGAAAAACAAUUGAACAAACAAAAACUUCACCGAAGAUUUUUAUAUAAAUUGUAGUGUGCAAGCCGAUGGCGAGGGUAUAUAAGCUUCUGUAAGAUUGUAACCAAAAAGCCCAUCCAAAUUAAUGCUGUUGUUGUUACUAUACUUGUGUUAUGUGUUAUAUUAUUUGAAGAUAGAAAUCUAUUUAAGGCCUUAAAUCAUUCAAUUUUG